AUGCCAAGCUUUGGACGGCCUUUUGACCACUCUUCACAUUCAACUCAGCCACCCAUCCUGUCACUAGGUGAAAUGGUGGUCAAACGCUACCUAUAUUUUCUCGAUCUGGACAAGGCUGUCUCUCGUGUGUCCGAUGGGUGCCACUCCUGUGCAGCAAUCGGAAGCUCUCCAACCGCACGUAUUGACCAGUCCACUUCCCCACCACCCGAUGCUAUUGGUCGGUCCUUUGCCACAGACGUCAUCAAAUGUUCUCGCGAGCUCAUCUUUCUCCUCCUCGAGACUGUGACCUCUUACUUUUCCAGUGUAUCUCUUGAAGACGAGCGUCAUCAAACGUUACGCAACGCCAUUGGAAAGCGCUACUUAGAAUUUCGCCCUAUGGAUGGCCCCACUGUUGUGAUCCGUACUGACCCUCCACAUGGCUUUAAGGCUCUCGUUGAUGACCCUCUCUUAAAGAAGCAUAGAAUUACAAUUGAGCUUGGCCAGGCCAAAAAUCCCAACAAGAACCCUGUAGCUGAGAGGGCAGUCCAGGAGUUGGAGUUGGAACUUCUCCAUCAGGAGCCUUUAGGCGGAGCCAUUUCUCCACUCACUCUUCCCGUAGCCACUUCUGCCUUGAACUUUUGUAUCCAUUCACCUGGCCUAUCCUCGCGAGAAAUGUGGAGACAGCGGGACCAGUUUUCAAACCAGCCGUUACCCCUUGCUGAUGACCAUUUAAUUGCCCUCCAGCAUGAGCAGCGUCUAUCCAACCACCCAAACAGUGAGCGCUCCAAAGUGCCCUUGCACAACAGGCAUCCAAGUCCUUUCAUUGAUGUUGGUGACCUAGUGUACCUUCAUUCCGAUCGGAACAAGUCUCGAGCCCAACGACCGCUACCUUGUUGUAGUCAUAGAUCCAUCAUUCUGUGA